CAUUUAUAUUUCUAAUACCUUCAGCGGGUGAAGAAAAAUCCCUAAGGUUAACAUGCGCUAGUUAUUAUAGACUGAUCAAGUUAAAUGACUGUAUGAUAUCUUUGGGAAUAUAAAAGUUCAACUUCCUAUUAUGGAUGAGUUGAAAUAUUGCGACAAGUGUGAGGUUAUAUAGUACGAGGAUGUUGCUACACCUUCAUCCUAUCAGGAAGGUUUUCCUGAUGGCUGCUCAAGGAUUUAAUCCUGGAAUUAGUUUAACUAAGAAAUAUGCUAAAUUUAUGCAUUUUCAGCGUUUUUCGACUCAUAAGGACCCAUUCGGAAUCCAGUCUCAGAAGAGUAAACUUGCAGACCAUCAGCAGAAGCUAAUGAAACGUGGAUUGCCCAAACGUUCAAGUAUUCCUAAUGUUGAGAACAUUAUUGUUGUGGCCUCAGGAAAGGGCGGAGUUGGCAAGUCAACUACAGCAGUAAACUUAGCUGUAGCCAUGUCCAAAGUAGAUGGGCAAGGUGAGGUGGGCCUACUCGAUAUGGAUGUUUUUGGUCCAUCAAUUCCUCGAAUGAUGAAUCUUUCAGCAUCUCCAGAAUUAGACAAAGAUGAUAAUAUGAUUCCCUUAACAAACUACGGAAUUCAGUGCAUGUCAAUGGGGUUCUUGGUAGAAGAGAAAGCAGCAGUUGUGUGGCGAGGGCCCAUGGUAAUGUCAGCAGUUCAGAGGCUGCUGCUACGGACGGCAUGGGGUCACCUUAAGUACCUGGUGCUCGACCUGCCACCAGGAACUGGUGACACUCAACUCUCUAUAUCUCAGCUAGUGGCUGUUACAGGAGCUGUUAUUGUCUCGACACCCCAGGAUAUUGCUCUUCUUGAUGCACGUAGGGGAGCUGAAAUGUUUCGCAAGGUUCAAAUACCUGUGCUAGGUCUUGUUGAAAACAUGAGUGUAUUUUGUUGCCCAAAAUGUGGACAUCAGGAGCAUAUAUUUGGCAAGGAUGGGGUGCAUAAAAUGGCCAAGGAACUAGAUUGUAAAUCGCAAAGUCGAGACCAGGCCAGUCUGGCCUCGACCAGGAUGGGCCCAGACCAGGAAUUUUCAAGAAUAUUGAUUUGAAGAUACAGUACUGUAUGCAGCAUCAAUCAAAAAGACAAACUACAAGAUAAGCUGAAGUUUCUGUUUUAAUUUGCAGUACUGGUAUAUUUGUUCUUUAUAGUGUGUGUGUGUGUAUGUGUGUGUGUGUGUAAUUUACCUAAGUGUAGUUACAGGAUGAGAGCUACGCUCGUGGUGUCCCGUCUUCCCAGCACUCUUUGUGUGUGUGUGUGUGUGUGUGUGUGUGUGUGUGUGUGUGUGUGUGUGUGUGUGUGUGUGUGUGUGUGUGUGUGUGUGUGUAGAGAUUCAAAUUAUGUUGGUUGUGGAAAAAAAUUGCGAAUAUGUUUACUUUUAGACUUCCCUGGUAAGAAUUCUGCUUAUCCAGUUAAGGGACCUUUCCAUUUAGUUGGGAUAAGUGAGCACAUACACUAUUGUAACAUAAUUACAAGGAAUUUUUUUUUGUUUACUGCAAAGGGUGGAUUAUGUGACAUAUAGAAAUUAUAUUUCUGGUUUUGGAAAUAAAGUAUCAGGAUUACAGCAUUAUUAAAAUAUUUGU